GCACCCCUUAUGUUGUCCUACAACACCCCACCCUUUUUCCUAAAAAAAACCCUACCUUCUCUUCCCUUUCUCUCUCUCGAGAAAACUAUAUUGACUUGCGAAUCAAGACAAUUUCAAAAACAAAAACUCAACUUUCGUUUCUUCCCAUUCUUCAACCCUAUUUCGAAUUCUCCAUUUUUCACUUCUCAAGCUUUUCAAAUUAUGGCUACACCUUUAAUGGCAGGGAUAGCUGUGGCUGCUGCAGCAUAUGCCGGUAAAGCUGGUAUUCAGGCUUGGCAAGCGUUCAAAGCUAGACCACCAGCAUUGCGUAAAUUUUAUGAAGGCGGUUUUCAGCCUACUAUGACUAGGAGGGAAGCAGCUCUCAUUCUUGGUGUUAGACAGACCACUCCAACAGAUAAGAUAAAAGAAGCGCAUCGAAGAGUGAUGGUUGCAAACCAUCCAGAUGCCGGUGGCAGCCAUUAUCUUGCUUCCAAAAUCAAUGAAGCAAAAGACAUGAUGCUUGGAAAGUCCAAGGGUAGUGGAUCAGCAUUUUGAAGCCGUGUAACCUUUCUGUCAAUUAUCGCAACAGUUCAGACUUUAGAAGCCGUGCUUAUUCAAUGUCAGAUUAUAAAUUUUGUACUCAUCCCCCAAUUAUUUUAUUAGAGCCAAAUAUAUAGUGAGAAAGUUGAAUAUGCGUUAUUGUCUUCGUCGAGAUGAUAAAUUUAUUGUAACCUGUCAUUAAGGUUAAG